GGGAAGGGUGACGUCUCUCCAGUAACGUGAUUGCUGCUUCGGAAGCCGAAACGUGUAAACGCUAUAAAACGCGGUGGCGCGGCGGGCAGCUCAGAGCGUGCGGCGAGACGGAGCCCUCUUCUUCAUCCUCCUCCUCCUCCUCCUCACCCUCUGCUGCCGCCGCCCCGGCAGCCGCGCAGCGGAGAAGGGCGCACUCCCCCAGCAUCGCUCCGCUCCGCGCCCGCCCGGCCAGACCCACCGACGGACUCGCGGCUCCGUGGCGGCCAUGGAGCACCGCGGCGCCUCCCCGCUCCUCCUCGCCCUCGCCCUCCUCAGCGCCCUCUGCUGGCGGGCGCGGGCGCUGCCCCCGCGAGGCGCCGCCUUCCCUCCCGUCCCGCGAUUGGGAAACAGAAUGCCAUUUGAUGGAGCCAGUGAACCUGACCAUGCCCGUGGGUCAUUAAAGUCAGAAUCAGAUAUUUUGCAGAACACACUACCUGAAAAUGAGAAAUUCUAUUUUGAUCUGUCCAGAAUUAUUGAUAGCUCCCAGGACAGUCCUGUCAAACGCCACUCCGAUGCUGUCUUCACCGACAACUACAGCCGCUUUCGAAAGCAGAUGGCUGUGAAGAAAUACUUAAACUCAGUUUUAACUGGAAAAAGAAGCCAGGAAGAGCUAAAUCCUGCUAAACUUCGAGAUGAAGCAGAACUUCUUGAACCAUCCUUUUCAGAAAACUACGAUUCUGUAGAUGAGCUGCUGAGCCACCUCCCACUGGACCUCUGAAGGACACCUGGUAAAGUCUAUGACGAGAACAAGCUAUUUUUGAGUUCCACAUAGUAUUUCAAAGAGAUGACUUUAGUCAUCAAACCAGAACAAAUAUGUUGUGAAGUGAAAGUUGUGAUAUAUUUGUUUCUUACGUAAUAAAAGCUGAUAUUUACAUUGUAAAUAUUACUCUAGCAUUCUCUACUGAAAGCUGUACAUAUGGAUGCCAGUUUAACUCAUAAGAAGUCUGUGAGUCCAUAUGCUGUAAAUCCUUUACUUCAAUAAAUUCAUUUGAAAAUGAGUGUGCAGCUGAAAAGAGCCCAUCAUGACUAAUUAAUUGGCUUAAUUUAGGUGUGUUCCAACUUCAGACAAACGUGUAAUAAUAAGGAACCAUUUCUAGACAGCCUCAUAAAGAACAUGUGACAACAUGAGGGGAAGAAUGUCCAAAGUGUGUAAAACUGCUUUACAAAGAUCUCUGAAGGUUAUUGCCAAGAAAUGCUUUUCUAGCAGUUUACCAAGCAACCAAGUAACUAGAAAAAAUUAAUAAGAAUUCAAAAUUUUUUGACCUCCAGCAGUACCUCUACUUCUGGUUCACAUUUUUAAUAUUUCACAGCAUAUAAAUUAUAUCAAGACCACAAAUGUCUCCUUUAUUUUCAGUGGUGUUUUAGAUGCUCUGGGGCUGACAAAGCACUAAAAGAAUGCAAUCUUUUGACUUGUUUGAUGCCUAAAGUCAUCAGUAAUUCUAUAUUUAAUUGUCUGUAGCUUUGAUGAUGAAACUAUUGCUUAUAUAUAAAAUAGACCUGAAGACAGUUUACUAUUUUUUCAGAAUGAAUGUAAUUUACAGAAUAUGCAGACAAUAAAUCAUUUUAUUAUCAUGGCAACCUAUUACUGGUUUGAAUCAGUGCUACAGCUACCUGGAACAACAGAGGUUCCUGUAAGUGCUGUCUGUGCUGUAGUAAUAGGGGGAGAUAAUAUUUUUUAACUGAUUUAUGGGAUAUUAUUUUAGAAAGACAACUAAAUAAACCUACGGUCCUCUUUUCUGUAGAUUUCUAUUGUUGUAGAUGAUCAUGGAACUGAAAAUUUGCAGCUGUUUGAGUCACAGCACUGAUGUAGAAAGUAGAAAAACUUAUCAGACCUACUUACAAGCUCAAUUUGGAAUUUCAAGUGUAUUUAUAAAUCAUACAUAGGCACACAUAGACAGCGAUAAAACUGAUUUGCAAGUUUCACUUACAAGUUUACUGUUCUCAUUUAGAAAGAAACUUCUAACAUGAUAAAAUCUUAGGUUUAUGGAGACUGGUUCUCAUAAAUAUGUAGCCCUCCGAUUUGCAAUUUUUUUGAAUAUUGGCAACUGCAUGUCAAAAGAAAACCAGCUUUCACAGAUCAGGUGCUAAUAUUGCUAUUUCUAUCUAGCCUUGACAGAAUCUAUUUUAGCCUAAGCCAAUGAGUGCUUCACAAAAGUUAUAUUUUCACCAAAUACAUAAUUUUGAAGUUGCCUUUUGAAAAUUAGUUUUCCACCCCCAAUUCCUAUCAUACUAUGAACAUCUGAAAGCAAAAUCAUCUUUGUAAGUACUUGAAGGAUACUAACAGACAUGCUAUAAUAAUUUUUUAGAAAUUUUCCUCAGUGUAGUUUCAACAAUGUUAGUAUUUCUGUGAGAUGCAGUCAUUAAAAAAUAAGUGAAAAAAAACCAAUGAAAACCAAAGCUGCGUAUGGUCUUUAUACACAGAAUUCUUUUAAAAUGGAUAUAAUUCACUCAAUUUAAAGUAUCAAAAAUUAGACUAAUCAAACUUUUGACUACACAAUUCCAGAAAUAUUUUUUCCUAAAUUUUUCUUUUAAUUAUUUUUUUUUCCAGCUUACCAAUAAGGCAUCUGAUGGAAGAAAUUGUCUUUCAUGUCCAAUGUAUUACCUUCCUGAUAUGCUGAAUUUUGUGCACAUUGUAGCAAAGCCUAGCACUGACAAGGGAGGCACUAACUUAGAGGAUAAUACUUUUGUCUUUUGUCUUUGACUUUCCAUAGGGGAUUUGAAGACAAAUUAAUACAGUGAGAGUAGUUAAUUGAGGAAGAGGGGACAUUGUUCACCUCAUGCCCCGGGGCAAAUGGUCAGGGUAAGAUUAAAUGAUGAAAUUGAAGAGAAAUUGUAACAUUUCACUGAAUGACACAAGUUUUCAUCUUGUCAAUGAUUUGAUAUAUCCCACCAAUCCUAAAGCCCAUCUGCAAAAUGUCUUAAGAGUGGAAUCAAAACAUUUCAAUUAGGAGAAUGAAUGCGUCAGCUCCAAAGGGAGUGUUGGGAGAACUGCUAGGAGGAAAAAAAUACCCAGGAGCUUUAGAAGAGCACCACUGGCAGGGAAAAUGCAACCACUGGGGAAGGAAUAAAACUGUGAUGGGUUAUUGAGGUAUAUAUUAAAGGAACAUCUCACCAUAUCGCUUCAGAAUUUCAUUUCUAACACAUGGUAGGAAUACCUGUGGUCUCACAGGAUAGAACUAAUUAGUUUUUGUUUUAUCAAAUGGGGUUAGCUUUUUAAAGCUUCCCUCUGGAACUCUUAAAGAAAGGUUCAGAAUCACCUUUAAGUGCGUCUUCACCAGUGCUAGAAGAGGGUCUUUUUUAGGCCUAAAAUCCAUAGAGAGGAAUUUCAUGCUUGUGUGCAUCUGUGCAUCUAUCAUCCAUUCAAGAACAGUCAGAAUUGUGUAUGACACCAUGAGAAUUACAAAAGUUGACAAAACAAUUUAAGAUUAUAGCCAGUAAAGCACAUUAAAAACUAAUAAAACCCUAACUGCUCCUCUGAUAUUUUAAAUGGAUUUGAGGGGCUAUGAGUGUUUGUUCCACCUGAAAGUCUGAGAAAAAUGUUCUGUUUAAAACUAUGGAAAUGGAUAGCUUUGAUCCAAUAGUUACAAUUUCAUGUAUAGGCAUAUUGAGUUCUCCCCAAAGAUGGAAAGAGUUGUGUGCAUACAGGAAUAAUUUAUUUGCAUGCAAGAUGUUUGGGGCAGGGAGAUGGAAGAGGCUGCCAACUGCCUUUAGUGAUGCUACUUAUGCUUUCCACUACCUCUUUUAUUUUUCUUAAUUUUUUCUCUCCCUCCUCCCACUGACCACGGGCUUUGCCACACUUUAAUAAUCUCACUGUUGCCUUGCAACGUCGGUGUAUGAAUGUACCUUUCCUUUUGAGAAGAGCAAUUAGAGCAGAAUUUAAGUUUAGAGCACAGCAAUUAAAGAACUACUGGCCUUGUUGAUGGAGAGGAGCAUUGCAGAGGACCUGGCACCAUCAGGUUUAUAGGAGCAGAUUUGUAGGAGUAGUAAACAGUCCCUGACUUACCGCUGGAGACUUCCCAUUUGCUGUGUGAGUGGCAGGGAAGGCUGCAGAUCCUCUUCUUGGAUACAUCAAACAGAACGCGUGUCCUCCCGGGGCUCGCGCUGGCUCAGGCAACCAUGAUAUUUUCAGCUUUUCUGAUCUGAAGCAGUCCCAGACAAAUUGCUUGCCAGCUUGCCAAAUUGGUUUAGAACUGGAAGUAGGAAACCAGGCACCCAUCUUUUACACCAAUCUUUAAAAAGUCCAGAGAAUAAUUUGAUGCAUAUUCUUCUUCUGAUGUAAACAAACAGGAAAGGUUUUAUUUCAGUUUUGCACACAGAUACAUGCAGGCCACUUAAGGAGAGGAAAAAUCCCAAUUUUUCCUUGUGAGCAUAAAUAUUUUCAAAAACUUAAUUAAUCAACAUUUAUAAAUAAAAAUAUGACUGAUUACUCAAAAUUAAACCAAAAGUGACAUAAAUAAUAAUGAUACAGUAAAAAGAGAUACAUAUCUAAAUAUCAACAUUAUCAUGGUAGGAACAAUAUUUUCAGUAGAGAAUAUUUUUGGGAAAGAAUGAGGGUUGUUUCCAUAAUGAGAUUAAAAAAAAGAGUAAAUUAUGUUGUUAUUCCCCAUUGAGUAGAUUAUUUAGUGUUAGAUCAACUUUUGCAUAGAAUAAUAUGCUUAGAAGAAUGUACACAAGAAAGGUGCAUAAGAUUCAUUUUCUGUAUCCUUUUCUAGAACUGCUCUGAACAUUUCAGUGAGACCACAGUAUCUAAUAGCCUAAGUCAUUUCUAAACAUGAGAUAGAAAUGCUUUUAGUAUGUAGAUGCAGUUAUUUAAUAGUUUUCUAAUGAGAACUUAUCCAACAAAAAUCCUGUUUUUGGAGUGAUGGGAAAGUAGAAGAAAAUCUAAAACCAGUCACUGUCUUCUAUUAGGUGAGCUAUAUCUGUGAAGACCUUUCUACUUAGGAAAUGUAUUCAGAGCAGCAACUUUCAUCAGUAGUUUAUCAAAUAGCAAAGCUGUUGACUGGGAGGUGUCAAGUUGUUAAACAUCAGCUUUUUGGUAGAGAAUAAUUCAUUUAUAUGGAAGCCUUGAAGACUCCUAGCUGUUUGCAUGUUUUAUACACCAUUGAAUUGUUUUUCACAGAAAAUGGUCACAAGUAUCUUUGACAGAUGUCUUAUCACCAUUUGUAUCUAUUCUAACACAGUUCUUAAUCUUUGUUUUUCAGACAGUCCCUCUUCCCAUAAUCACAGCCAGAACAUCUGCACACUGAUUUAAGCAAGCAAUUUUCUCUUAUUAGGGUGUAUAGAAAGCAAACUAUUGCAUUCUAGGAAGAGUCUUCAUGAAAAGGCUAAAGAAAUAUAAUUUAUGCAGAAAGACUGAGUCUUGGCUAAAAAAAAAGAAGAGUUUGAGAAAUUCAAGAUUUGGUGUCAGAAGUUUUAGUCCCAUCUGAUGAUUCCUUCCACAGCAGUGCACUGUACUUGGAGUUCCAAAGCUGGUGCCAGAGCUGUGGUCUUGUGCUUGUAGUAAGAAAGAAGAAACCAGUAAAUGUGGAGGUAGAGCAGGUAAAGACUAUGUCUUCAGAAAACUACCUGAUGUCAAACUCAGCUCAUACAGGGCUGUUUCUCCCUGUAGGUUUAAGACUCUUGCUUUGAGAAGAAAUAGCCAUCUCUUGCUGUCAGAGGACCUCACAUUACAUAAGUUCACUCAUUAACUUAGCCCUCAGGAGCACAGCUGGGUUGUUUGUCCCCUAGUUCUGCUGCUGCACAGAUCUAGCAGCUGUACUUUUUGGGAACCUUCUUUUUACUGGCAGCCUAAACUGACCCACACCUUUUCAAACAUUUCUUACCAUCUGAAUCUCCUUUUUGUUGGAUUUCCAUUACUCUUCUCAGGGUUAUGUAUUCCUAGAUGUAUUUAUAGACUACUCUUCCCUCUCAGCCCCGCUUUUUUCAGCUGCAGAAACAGUUUGUCUUGUCUAGUCUUAUAAAUGAAUCCAUGUUUCCAAGACUGUGCUGGAGCCCCAUGCCCAGUGGGCCCAUGUUCUGUAAUGAGUUGAAUGUUCCUAAAUUACUGUUUGCUAACUGAAUCUGAAAGUCUCUUCUAUAUUGCAGACAUUUAGGAAAAGUGACUAGUGGUUUUGCGGGUCUGUCUUGAAGAUCUUGCAAGAGCUGUUUUUUCAGUCUGGCUACUUUUUUUGUUGUUGCUUCUCAAACAUUUGUGAGUUUUCUAAAGCUGAGAAAAGAGAAUCGCUUAGCACUAUUGGGUAUCUUUUUUGGAGUGAGUGGAGGGGGAGGCACUUCAAUCUAAAGCAAAACUCCAUUCUUAAAAAUGCAACUGCCCACAUUACUGGGUAGUUUCACCUAGAUCUCUGCAUCCUUUUUACAUGGCUAUAGCCAAUAUUUUUAAUUCAACUUCCUUAAUCUGCAGCCAAAGGAAAUGACAAACGCAGCCCUCAUGCUGCCCUUCCAUCCUCUGUGAUUCUGGACAGACAUGUGGUAGCAGGAGCAGCCCUGGUUCUUUGCUGACUUUUGGCAGCCUAAGGAGGAGAAAACGGAGAUCAGUUCACACCGAAGCCCUAGCGCACUAUCGGGGAGAUUAGGGUAAAAACAGCUAUAUGUCCUCUGACUUGCCCUGUCAGUAGUAAGUAGUAUAGUUCACACACUGGCUUGUCAUCCACAUUAAUUCUUCAAAAAGAAGAUGGAAGAAAGCCAGACAAGCACUCAUUUGUGUAUUUAUGUUGUGUAUAUUAAAAUGUCAUACUAAAGUGUAAUACCAGUGAUGCUAAGGGGCUGAGCCUCUCCUUUCAUCCAUAGCUAAAGGAUUACAACAGGGAUUACCUUCUGGAUCAUUAGUCUACUGCUGGGCAGGAAUAAAGAAAUCCAGCUGAGUGGACUACUUGGGUCAUCGCUCUUUGAUUUAUGAUUCAUACUCUGUUCAGUACAGGUGAGAACACAAGUGCUCAAUGUACCCUACUUUCAUAGAGAAGGGGUUUGAUUCUGUAAAGAUCCAAUUUAAUUGGGUAUUGCCCAUUUGGUAACUUUCAGGCUCCAUUUAAAUGUAUUUUCCCAAAGAAUGGCUAAUUCAAAAUUUCAUUUCCCUAGCCUUAGCACUGUUGAAUAGCUUUUUCAGAUUUACAAUGUUCUGAAUGGUUCUGGAAUCAUAUAUGAGGUAAUUAGAUUGCUUUUUGGUGUUGGAACAAACAGAACUUCACCUGGUAAAGUCAGAAUGACAUUUCAAGGGGACUUUUCCUUGCCUAUGCUUUAUAAAUAGGUUUGCAGGAUAUGAUUAGUAAGAAAGUCCAUGGCCACUAGAAAACCUGUUCCUGUAAAAAGAACUAAUCCAUAUAAAAGUUCUAUGUUAUAUUUCUAAUUACAUUACCUCUUAACAAUUCUCUGAGAGAAAUCUAUCAGAAAUUCUGCCUCAAAGACAUAUUAGGUUUUAUAUGAAUUUUUGUUUGUUGAAUGAUGUUCUCAGUGUAAAAACAGCAUGCUACAUAAUUAUAAUGCAUACAGACUAUGAAAUUAUUUCCUGUUAAAAAGUGAAGAAAUCAAUGGAGGAGAACUUAUCCUUCAGUAAAGCCACAGCCUUACUCUGUAGCUGCAACAGAAGACCACAGCAGAAAAUAUUAUAGUUUCAAGGACUUCUUCACUCUUUCUGGUAAAAUUUAAGGCAGAUUUCAAGCUGUUGUAACCUGCAUUGUGUGAUUACAUUUCUCAAGAGCUGUGUAUUGGUAUAGGAGUUUGACAGGUUCAGGAACCAGAGUCUUCCAAAUUCAGCUGAGUAACGAGCAUUCUUUUUGGCUAGCUCUGACUGGUCAAGAAUUUUUUUCUAAUGUGCAUUUCCCUGGGUAGCUACCAUUAUUUUAGACUUCAUGACUGGACAUAAACAAAGCAGUUUGAAAGAAUUACUCAUUGUAACUUAUUUAUAUCACAGAGUGACACUAAAGAAAGAGACAAGUUCAUGAAGUAUUAUCCAUUGUAGGAGAAUCUGCUACUGUAUAAAAUAAGAGCAAUCUGAGUCCUUACUAAUUUUAAAGUAAAAUCUGAUAUUUAUUUGAAGAAUUGUUAAACAUUUACAUAUUUUUUCUAGGUUCUACAUUGUCAUCUUCAGAAGCAGAGAUUUGGUUAGAUCUAAUUUUCUGAGAUUUUUAGCUCAAAUCUUGGAAAAAACUUCUAGUUUUUAAUGCUUACAUGCACUAGUCACAUCCCAUAAAUCUGCUAGAGGAAUUACCCAUAUCCAAAAUAACUAAGAGAAAAGAUUAAUUCAUAUUUUUAGUUUUUUGCCGUUUCAUCUAUGUCAGCUUUUCAGAUGUAUGUUGAUUAAAGACUUUCAUUCAGUCAAUAAUUUUAAGUAAAGUGUACAAAUAACAAGUUACCAAUGAUAUCUGAUCUAGCUGUCAUUUUUCUUUUGCAUUCUGCAACUUAGAUAUAAGCUUAAACUGGUACAUAUUGCUAAUGUUUUGACAAGGAAAUGGAGUAAAACCAAAUAAGAGUAAAUUGAAAAAGAACUUACAUUCUAUUUAUACUUGGUAGUAGUAGAAAGUUUUAAGCUGAACCAUACAAACACACACACCAACAUUUAUUUGACUUCUUAAAGCUGGUUGUGCUGUAACCAAGGCAAAUGAAUGUUUUCAAUCUUGUUUUCGUUUGCUAGUAUUCCCUGCCAGCAAACAAGAAUUCCAAGAAACUGGAUUUUGAAGAGUGUGUCAAAUAACUUGAUUUAGUUAGGAGACAAUUUAUUUAAUUAAUGAACUGCUCAUGUCAUGAUAAAAUAUUUGGAGAACGCUUGAAAUCAAAGUGCUCUUCAGACACAUUAUCCUUCUAUUUUGUUGAAGGAGCCUGCAUGUCUAAGACUUCUCUGGGUUAUUGAGGCUUACAGGAAUGUGACCCUUUCUCCAGAUGCACAACGGCUGUAGCCAUAUCGUGGAUGAAGCUCACUGUUAUUAGCUUUGUCAAAAGUAAUUGUGUAGAGUUACAUUUAAUUACUGUGAAGAUUGUGAUUUCAUGGGUUCCUGAUACUUCAUAUUCCUGGUUAAAUUUCUUUUAGCCAUGAAGAUCUUAAAAAUAUUUCCUUAGACACAAAGACCUGUUACUAUAACUGUAGUAUGUAAUUAAAACCACCAUUUUGUAUUUGUGCAUUGAGUCUUAUAUUAAGUAUAUAGAGUAUGGAUACUAAAAAAUAGUAGCUUGGUGAAUUGGAUUUUUAUUUUUAUUUUAAAUAUAACUUCAAAAUAAAACAUCACCUUACAGUUGAUAUUUCUUUCCAUAAUUUUCAUAAUUUCCUUUUUAUUCCAUCAAGAAUAAAUACAUAGGAGAAAGAAAGCAUAAACAAAAAGUUCCAUAAUGCUUGUGGAAGACGAGUUUGUGUAAAUUAGCAGAGAAUAAAUUUAGGUGAGAAAUGAGGAAAUUUCUCGAUAUCACAGAGAUGAAAUUAUGGAAGUAUGUUCCAAUUUGAAUUUAAAGUUACUACUUCAUAAAUUUAGUGCAUUUAUGAAACUGGCAAUUUGAUAUGGUUCUGUGAUAGCAAGGACUAGAUCACAAAUAUCCAAGGGAUCUGAGUGCUCUCUUCCAAAUCAACAUAUAAGAAAAUCACAUAUCAGCAAAUAGUAAAGCUUUUCACUGUGGCUAUCUGUUGUCAAACUAACAAGGUUUCACACUGGCUGUUUUAUUGUAUAGAUUUAUAGAUUGAGAGAGACUUAGAUGGUUGAUAAUUUCACAUGUACUGAUUUUACUUUUUAAAAUAUAUCAAUAAUUGCAGCUAUGUAGAGAAUAAUUAAUAUUUUGGGUCACAAAAGUCUUCAAGAAACAGUGAAAUCUCCUACAUAAAAAAAUAUCACUCAGAACUAAGGAAAUCUACAU